AUUGUGAUAGAAACCGAUGCGUCUGAUUAUGUUUCAGCAGGAAUCCUAUCUCAACGAGACGACGAAGGAAUCCUACAUCCAGUUGCUUUCUUCUCUAAGAAACAUUCUCCUGCAGAGUGCAACUAUGAAAUCUAUGAUAAAGAACUUUUAGCAAUCAUACGAUGCUUUGAAGAAUGGCGACAUCACCUGGAGGGAGCUCAAUUCCCAAUCGAAGUUUUUAGCGACCAUCGAAAUCUUGAAUAUUUUAUGACAACAGAAUUGUUAAAUCGCCGACAAGCGCGGUGGUCCGAAUUCCUUUCACGCUUCGAUUUCGUUAUACAAUUUCGGCCAGGAAAACAAGGAGCGAAACCAGAUGCAUUGACUAGAAGGUCAGGUGACCUACCUAAAGAGGGGGAUGAACGGUUGAUGCAUCAGAGUCAGGUGAUUUUGAAGCGAAAAAAUUUAGAUAUCAAGCUAAGUUUGUUCGCGGGUUCUUUGUCAAAUGAAUCCGCUGAAGGAGCGUUUACUGUAGAGGAGUUAUUUUCAAAAGCUUACCAAGUUGAUAGUUUCCCAAACAAGAUCCUCGCUAUGCUUCGGAACGGCAUUCGCCAUUCGAAUAAAAUUUCACUUGCCGAAUGUACGGAAGAUAACAACGGUCGGCUACUUUAUCGAGGCGCGCUAUAUGUACCAGACGACAAUGACCUUCGACUAAGGCUUUUAAAAGAACAUCAUGAUAAACCAUCCGCAGGACAUCCGGGUAGGGCAAAGAUAUUGGGACUUCUAAACCGAGAAUAUUAUUGGCCACAAAUGCGAAAGGAUGUCGACCAGUACGUUAGGAAUUGCAAUGUAUGUACUCGUAGUAAGGCACCACGCAACGCACCUUAUGGAGUACUCCGUCCUAUGCCGAUACCUGAGGGACCGUGGAUGGAUAUAUCGAUGGAUUUUGUUACCGAUCUUCUUGAAAGCGAUGGAUACAAUGCAAUCUUGGUUGUGGUGGAUAGAUUAACUAAAAUGCGACAUUUAAUACCAACGAUUAAAGAGGCAAAUUCAAAGGAAGUAGCAAGGCUAUAUAUUGAUAAUGUUUGGAAGCUACAUGGAUUACCUGAUACUAUUGUAUCUGAUCGAGGGACACAGUUCGUUGCGGAGCUUUGGAAAUCGCUUUGUGAUCGGUUGGAAAUAUCACCGAAAUUCUCUACCGCAUUUCAUCCUCAGACAGAUGGACAGACGGAAAGAAUUAACGCCGUAAUGGAACAAUACCUCCGAAGCUAUGUAUCUUAUCAACAGGAUGAUUGGGCUCGAUUGUUACCAAUGGCCGAAUUCGCGACAAACAACCAUACUUCGGAAACAACAAAAGUCUCUCCUUUUUAUGCUAAUUCGGGAAGAAAUCCAAGGAUGACUUUCGGUCCUUUGGAACAUGGUCGAACGACAGCGGAAGACCAAGCUAAUAGCAUUGCACGGGAAAUGAAAGAGAUAGUGGGAUUCCUAAAAGACGAGAUGUUCCGAGCACAAAGAAUACAAGAAGAAGCCGCCAAUGCGAACCGAACUCCAGCCCCUCGCUACAAUUUGGGAGAUAAAAAGUUCGAUUGGAAACGUAUCGGACCCUAUAACAUUAAGCGGAUUGUUAACCCCUAUGCUUACGAAUUGGAACUUCCUCGAUCGAUGAAAAUACAUCCAGUAUUUCAUGUCUCAUUAUUGUCUCCUGAAGCAGGUAAUCCUCUACCUGGACAACAACAGUCGCCACCACCUCCGGUUGAGAUCGAAGGAGAGGAAGAAUGGGAAGUUGAAGAUAUUUUGAAUUCAAGGGAACGAAGAGGAAGGUUUGAGUACUUGGUACGAUAUACAGGAUAUGAUGAAGCCUCCUGGCAACCAUUAUCAGACCUUAAACAUUCACCUAAUAUUGUCAAACGAUUCCACGAGCGUUAUCCAGAGAAACCUAAGCCUACCAGGAGGUAG